CCUGCUUGAGAACUGAGUAUGUGCAGAACUGUCAGGCUGGGAGGAAGCGACUGAGGCCGCUGGAGAGACUGGAAGCCACCGCACUCAGGUACGUGUGGGACGGCAGUCGGUAUAAUCGGCCUGGCCAUUUCUAAUAAGAACAAAGUUCCAAUUUUGCAGCUAUGUCUUACAAUUCUGGACGAGAUGCAGGGCAGCUUGCUCAGACGAUAUCGACAAACAUCCAGAAGAUAACACAGAACUCUUCUGAAAUCCAGAGAAUAGUGAAUCAACUUGGAACAGCACAAGACACUCCAGAACUAAGGAAUCAACUACAACAGAAAAUACAGUACAUAAACAAGAUCGCUAAAGAAACAGACCAAUGCUUGAAAGAUUUUGCUUCUCUGCCUGCAGAAAGUGAUCAGAGGCAGAGAAAAUUGCAGAAAGAUCGACUUGUGAAUGAAUUUACUGCAACACUGACAAAUUUUCAGAAAAUUCAAAGAAGGGCUGCUGAAAAGGAAAAAGAAUUUGUAGCCAGAGUUCGCGCAGGGUCCCGAAUAUCUGGAGGUUUACCAGAUGAAGGUCACAAGGAAGGAACAUUGGUCAACUGGGAAAAUGAGGGUCUAUCGCAGGCAACAAUGCAAGAAGAAGAAAUAACAGAAGAAGACCUUCGUAUUAUAGAGGAAAGAGAAUCUGCUAUAGAACAGCUUGAGGAGGAUAUCAGAGGCAUAAAUGAAAUAUUUAAAGACUUGGGUAUGAUGGUCCAUGAACAGGGAGAUAUGAUAGAUAGCAUAGAGGCCAAUGUGGAAAAUGCAGAUGUGCACGUCCAGCAAGCAAACCAGCAACUGGCCAGGGCAGCAGAGUACCAGCGCAAGUCAAGGCGGAAGAUCUGCAUCAUCAUUGCAGUACUGCUUGUGCUGGCAACGGUUAUUGGACUGAUUAUCUGGGGAGCCACUAAAUAAUAGUCAUCUAAUACUGUCCAGAUAUUUGUACAACACUUAACAAGAAAUUAGAGGCUCCCAUUCUUUCAAAUCGAUGAAGGCAAAAAAAAGAAAUCACGUACAUCUUGGUUGUGAAUGAGUUGCUUUGAUUUAGCUACUGGUCAGUGUCAUGUAUAUAUAUAUAUAUAAAACGGCCUGGGCUAGCUUACAGGACACACAGCAAAUACCCAGUCUUAUUUUUCAAAUGCAAAGGCAUGCGAUCACUUAAUCUUAAUCUUUCAACCUGUUUUAAACAUAGCAGAAUGCCCCAUACAUUUUAGUCUGACGGGAAUAAAUGUACAUGGCUACAUGUUUUGCAUUAUUGGGAUUAAAUAUUUAAAUUAAAUAUGGAGGCAGAUACGGUUACCAGGGGAGUGCAGACAGCCACAAUUACAAGUGUGACUCUGAUUUAAAGUUUUUAGGGCAUUACUUUAGGGCUUUUUCAUGCACUUUGCCUUCCACUCCACAUAUAGUUACAAUCACUUUAGGCUGCAUUUACCUUUUGACCAGACCUUCCUCUGACCUAUUUUAUCUUCUGUUCAGCCCGUUUCUGUAAAUGUGUUGACCAGGACCUGGUAGUAAGCCAAAAACAAGAAAGAACAGUCAAAAAUGUGGUUUAGCAACAACAUUUCUUGCUUGCAAAAGUUACUCCGAACAAAUAGGUAUGUGACUGUAAAGGUGGAAAUUGACUGAAACAUCUCAUAGAAUACACAAAACUAAAGGGGUUUAUAUACCUUUUUUUGUGUUGACACUUAAAGAGCCAUACCCAAGUAAAAGAAGAAAUUGCAUAGACUAGUUUAUAUAAAAAGCUGCUGCUUGUCUCCGUCUGCUGCCUUGUCCCUGAUGUUCUCAGCAGAAGCCGGUCUCUUGACCAUUUAGAAGUCAGCUGUGUCUGUACUGCCUAAUAAUAUCUUCACGGUUAUGGGACAAAGUGGAACCAAACAUAGACAAGUAGACACGUUUCGUACCAAAACAAA